ACACACACACACACAGGGGGAGAGAGAGAGAGAGAGAGAGAGAGAGAGGCGACAGCAGCAGAGAAGAUAGGAGACCAUUGACGAAGCGCGAGCUCCGUUUAAACCGGGGAUUUUGGGAAUUCAUUUAAACGCACGUGCCAUUCAAUGGGACGUUUCCGGUCCUCAGUGCUUCUCUUUUACCAAUUUAGGAGGGUUUUAUUUUUUCUUUUAAUCUGAUCUGAUUAAAAGGCGGAUGAAGUGACGGGUGGCUUUACCUACAAGUGCGACACCCAAGAGAGACAAUGCUGGCCAGGAUUGUGUUCCUUUGUUCCUUUUUAGCUUGUGCUAGUUUUCAGGAGGAUGAGAGCCCUAAGGUAUCAUUUGGAGGAGCUUGUAAAAUGUUGUGCACCUGUGAGGAGAAAGAUGGAGUAUUGCACAUAAACUGCGAGGAGAGGAACAUAAACAGGAUCUCCGAAGUCCAGGUACCUUCAGAUAGACCUUUCCAUCUGAAUCUUUACAAAAACGAUAUUGUGGAGCUGCUCCCAGAGGACAUGGAGGCUUUCAGGAAUGCAGUCACAUUGCAUCUUGGUAGUAACAGCAUACAAGAGCUGGUGCCUGGAGUUUUUGGUGCACUAGGCUCCUUGAAGAAGUUGCAUAUCAACAGUAAUUUCCUGGUGAUGUUAAAGGAGGAUACUUUUCAUGGCUUGGUAAAUUUGGAAUAUCUCCAGGCGGACACGAACUUUAUCCGAGUUGUGGAGCCUGGAGCUUUCAGCAAACUUGUCCGUCUCAAAGUCCUUAUCCUCAACGACAACUCCAUUGAGUUCCUUCCCAACAACAUAUUCCGAUUCGUGCCUCUGACUCAUUUGGAUCUACGUGGAAACAAUCUGCAGACUCUCACUUACGUGGGCUUUCUGGAGCACGUUGGGCGCAUAAUUGAGCUUCUGCUAGAGGACAACGACUGGGUCUGUGACUGCCAGAACCUUCCUUUGAAGAUGUGGAUCGAGAACAUGCGAGCACAGUCGGCCAUUGGGGAAGUGGUUUGCAGUAGUCCCCAGCAUCUCAAGGGUAUCCCUCUGGCCAAAGUGAAACGGGACGUAUUGUGCCCAUCCCAUGCGGAUAUAAACUUUGAGGAGCCAUCCAAAUCUCUGGACAUGGUGGUCACCCCUUCCACAAAGGUGGUCCAAAUACCAGACCCAAGAAAUGAUGCAAAGAUCCCCUCACCUUCUCAUGUCCCAAAGACAUCCUGUGCAUCACAGUGUUCUUGUCAUAACCAUUCCAGUGCUGGGUUCCUCAUCCACUGUGAGGAUCGAGGCAUCCAGAGGAUAUCAGAUCUUGGAAUUUUUCAGCAAAGCCCGAGUAAGCUUGUUUUAACUGGAAACAUGAUAGAGAGACUUCUAAAAUAUGAUUUCGUCACCUAUGACAGUUUGGAAUUGCUGAAUCUGGCGAACAACCAAAUAAACUAUAUAGACAAUGAAACUUUCCUGAGUUUGAGCAAUCUUAAAAAGCUGUACCUAAAUGGUAACAGGAUAGAGAAGAUUACUGCAACUAUGUUUGUGGGCCUCCACAAUCUGGAAUACUUAUACUUGGAAUAUAAUGCAAUUAGGGAGGUUGAGGCAGGAUCAUUCAAUCCUUUGACAAACCUAAAGCUCCUAUUCUUAAACAACAACCAGCUCAGUGCUCUACCAGCACAGAUAUUUAGAAAUGUGCCCUUGACCAAAUUGAAUUUGCGAAACAAUCUAUUCAUGCACCUGCAGGUCAGCAAUGUGUUGGAGCAGCUUGAUUUCCUGGAACAGAUUUACCUUGAGGACAAUCCUUGGGACUGCACAUGUGAUCUGGUCAGUAUGAAGCAAUGGUUGGAGAAGCUGAGAAAGAAUACAGUGGUGGGCUCCAUCAUGUGCCACAGUCCCAAAAAGGUGGUGAAUGCUGAGGUCAGGAACCUUAAGCAUGAUGUUCUUUGCCCUGGUUUGGUCACCCAUAACAUCCUGCCUUCAAGUGAAUUGGGGGUUGUAACAACAGUAGCACCAGAAGGAGGCAUAAACAGCUUCUUCCGAUCCCUAACAGAUUCAGUUCCUCUUUCUGUCCUCAUCCUCUGCCUUCUUAUUCUCUUCCUUACCAUAAUCUUCUGCUCUGCUGGGAUCAUCGUCUUCGUCUUGCACCGCCGGCGCAGGCAUUCAAAGAAAAAGCAAGCUGAGGAACAGCCUCGUGAAAACAGCCCAAUCCACCUGCAUUACAGCAUGUAUGGACAGAAAACAACUCAUCACUUGGCUGAGAGGCAUGACACAAACAUGUACGAUGAACCUUCCCGAAGUCCCAUCAUUCAGGUUUGCAGGAACCCCAGCUAUUGUUCACAGCACAAAGAAUAUGACCCAGAGGAUUACGACACAGAGAAACCAAAUCGGCUUCACCACAGCAUCAUGGAUAAGGAGAACGGCUCCCCCCUUACAGGGUCAAUGAAGUACAAGACGGUGUCCCAUGAGUAUCCUUCUGAUUUUGUUUCUUUGGGUGACAAGGGAUCUUUGUACAAAAACAUCCUGGAGCGGGAACGUGAACUCCAACAACUUAGCAUCACAGAAUAUCUCAGGAAAAACAUCUCGCAGCUACAGGACGUGCAAGUCCCCAGGCAACAUCAGGAGCUCAAACUGAUGGAGACCCUUGUGUACACCAGGCCAAGGAAGGUUAUGGUGGAGCAGACUAAAAACGAGUAUUUUGAACUGAAAGCUAAUCUACACGCCGAACCGGAUUACUUGGAGGUACUUGAACAUCAGACAACUUUUAACUGAGAUGCAGCACACUGUAACACUUUAAUAUCAGACCUGCUUUGAGAGAUAAUACCCAAAGUGCCUUGAUGAGUUUUAAGCAGACAUGAAGUGCAGCUGCUGAUCUUUGUGAAUGUGGUCAUUUAGGGGAAUGCAGUGGAGUGUGCAUUACUGAACAGGAACCUUGACCUACAUUUCAUAAUUUAAUGUCAAAUGAGGACAUUGGCUAUUCUGUUGAGUCUUGACAAUUUGCCAUAAAUAUCAUGUGCCAUUUGUCAAAUGCAGCCACUUUCAGUCAGGUUUUCAGUUCUUCCUUUGGGGGGAACCCUUAAAGAUUCUAUGUAAAAUCAUACCUUACUCCAGAGACAGAGUCGAGGCAUUACACUACAUGGAGACGUUAACCAGGACGAAUGUGGUUCUGAUUGGACCAAUCAGUAUUCGUAACUGCUUCUAGCUUUGCCCCAUGUCCCAACCUGACUCACAUGCUAUCUGGGCAAGCAAGAGAGAUAACAAAAUUUUGCAUGGGUACAGCAUGUACAGCCAAUGGCAAAGCACUAUAACUGAACAAGUUUACCAUUGGCUGUACCCACCGUACUCUUAAAGGUUCUUUGGUUGUCCUUCCUGGGGAACCAUUAAUGGUUCCAUCUAGAACCCUACAACAAAGCAGAAAGGAUUCCAAGGAUUCCACUUUAUGGAAGUUAAAACCCAUAAUUGCUUAAUAAAUCAUCAAUCAUGUACAUUUUAAUGUAGGGUACACACUACAAAUUAUUGUCCAUUAUUUUUUUCUUAAUACCUUGAACCUACUUGGUGCUUAACAUACAGCUUUAGCUAUUUUGGUACCUGGUAUACUCUUAAAACAAGGUUUUUCAGACCUUCUGUAUAGGUUCUGUAUAGGAUCAUUUGAUAAUUAAGGGUUGUCAGCCUCCUAAGAGGGAUCUAUUGUAUGGAGCCAAACAUGUCUUAAGGCUGUUCAGUUGUGGUGCGUUUACACAGGAUGUACCAGCCACGCCUGUGCAAAAUUUUCUUUUGCUUGCCCUGUUACCAUGUGAGCCAAGUCAGGACAUGUGGGUGGAGCUAAAACUAGUGCAACCCAUUGGUGGGUCAAAAAUCUUUGUAAUGGGGAACAUCAGGAUACAUAUAUGCACUUUGUUACCAAGCCGUGCUGUCCUUUUUGGUGGAAAAGUGCACUUAAAAUCUAAAUAACUUUGUCUUCCAUGCAGUGGGUGUUAAUGGUCCUCAAGUUAGUUUCUAAUUGGCCGUUGGAGGGCUUUUGGUUGGUGGACUGUUUCUUAUUAUACACUGCUGUAUGGUACCUCCUCAUACCAUCAGCAUGUUCCUAUGUUGGUUAUUUUCUUGGCUAGAGUGGUGCCAAUACUUUGUGCAGAGGAACAGGUGACCUAUGCAGACGGUGCACAUGAUACAUUUUCAGCUUUGUGUCUUUUUUUAAUAUGUCUUCUGUGCAUUUUCCAUAAAGUUGUAUUUAUUUAUUUCUGACAUUUUUUGGGGCAACAAAAAAAGUUUCUAUCCAUAACAUUUUUAUCUGUUGCAUCUCAUCACAAUCAUAGUCCCAGCAUUUACUGCAGGUCAUAAUUUUACAGACAAAAAAAAAAAAAAAAAAAGAAUUGCACUACUCAAAAUGCCAUUUAAGAGAUGGCACUUGACAAUCAAGUGUAGCUACUGGUGUGUACGAGCUUGAUGUAUACAGAUUUUUUUUCCUUUUGAUUUUCAUUACUCUACAUAGUAUAGCGAACUCUUUUGUAUCAGCAUGAUAAAUAAUUAUGCAGGUUGGUUUGAAAGGAUUCGCUGUAUGUAAGAGCACCAUAGCUUUAUUUUGUACUGAUGUAGAUCAGAGUUUAUUUAUUCUGUAUAUAUUUGUACAUAACAGAAGUUUUCUAUGUAUGUGUGCCUUUUGAUGUUGCAAUGAUGGAUGUAAAUAAAGGUAACAGUAUAGUGUACAGUAAAAAUUUGCAUUGACAUAA